AUGUCACCUGGGGAUAACGCUACCGCCAAACCGAAAGGUGUUAAGAAAUCCAACGACAUGCCGAACAUAGAUGACGAGCUCUUUGUCGUGCCUUAUUCGAAUGUUACGACUCAUCCUGGUCAUAAGAUAACCCUGCUUACAGGCUCGAAGAACGAAGGUGCUGCUCCGUCGGCUUCUCCAGCACGUGUGAUGAGAUUCUUUCUUCGGAAGAAUGAAUAUCCGGCUUCCCUUGUUAAUUUCAAGGUCUGUCAUACUCCACUGAGCUCUUAUGAAGGAUGGAUGAGACACAUGUUGAGUAACGAGCGUAUCAGAAACAAUUUGGCCAAGGCGCAGAUCGUUGAAGCUGUCAUGGCGUCUGCAACACUUCACAUUAGGAAAUACGUCGCGGGAUUGAUCGCCUUCACCUCUCGAUGGUGUCCUUCUACGCAUACAAAUUUAUGUAGAUGGGGAGAAAUGACUAUUACUUUGGAGAGUGUAUCCGUGCUUCUGAGUCUUCCAAUCACAGGCAGUUUUGAUUACGAACUAUCCACUGCAGAAACUACAACUAUCGACGCUCUCAUCCGGAAGGCAGAAGGAUAUAACCAGCAGGAAUGUGGUGAGAAAUGUUUUUAUACUUGGUGGGUGUCUGAAUGGUUUCCUACAAAACCGAAACUGGGCCAAGUGUUGGACGAUGAACUCAGCGUUGUUACAUUUCUGUCCUUGUGGCUGUCUAGGGACGUCUUCGAUGAUGGCUCUGGUAAAAAGACCAUAAGACGCGAGCUUGUCAUGUUUGCCAUUAGGUUAGCGCAAGGCGUAGUCCUCCCUUUAGGCAGAUUGUUCCUCGGGUCGUUGUACUUUCAUCUUGAUUCCCUAGUAGCGGACAUGUAUGCUUCCAAUGGAUAUAAGAAGGUGGAGUCGCACAUUCACGUCGCUUUCCUCCAAGCGUUCUUAUGGGAACAUUUCAAAGGUUACGCUCCUGUCACUGCAACUUCAUUUUCUAGUUUGUGUGGUGGUUCGAGAAUACUCCGUUGGCAAAAAAGACGUCCGAAACCUGGGUUGAGGCUUAUCGACUUCUUCGACAACAUGUACGCCAUAGAUUUUCGCCCGUGGGGACCGGUUCAUUCUUUUGUGGUUCAGCCAAAGACUUUUGCCGUCGUUUCUGACACUGUGUUGCACACCGAUGGAAAGAAUAUGGGCCCUGAAGAGAUUAUUUUUAUGCGAAGUUGCAUGCCAGGCUACAUUCCGUCUUUUUUUGAUGAAUCUCUUAUUGCAAUUCCUUAUAAUAUUGACAGGGCCGCUCGUCAGAUGGGAUUCGAUCAGGGAAUUCCGUUUUGUCGUCCUCCAAUGCCUUCAGGUGAUCUUUUACCGUCUGUUCUUGAUGCUAGCAUUUUCCCUUCAAAGCAGAGUCUUCCAUUUUUGCUCUCAGGAAGAAAACCAGUUGCGACUAAUAAGUAUAAAGAUUUCUGGAGAAAAGAGCUGCUGGUUCCUCGUGAUAGGCCUUCCUCUGAGAUUUUGAAGCAACACAAACGGCUGAAACCACUUCCGGGAAAACGAACUAAGGCUGAUGCUUCUGAUGAUUGCAGUCCCCAGGAGAAGGAGACGACACAUAAAAGGCAGGGCCUCGGGGGUGAAAAUGCUUUCACCAAAUUAGCACGUAGUCGCCAUACGUUUUUGGAGAAAUAUGGCGAUUCUGAACCUCUUGAAGAUGGAGAUGAGGCUAAGGGCAAAGAAGGUUCGAGGUCCGACAUUGAUAGAAGAAGUGUUUCCCAGUACAAAAAAGAGCCCAAUCGUUGUGGCGAGCUAGAAGACGCAACCGUGACAGAGACCAACCUUGAGCUUGAAGGGGUCGAUGAUGCAAGAAACACUGUAUGCGCUACAUCCAUGGUCGCAGAGGUGCUUCCCUCUAAAGAGCCUUCCGCAACUAACAAGGAUGUGUUCGUGAAGUAUGAGUUUAACGCCUCUUGGUUCUGUGAAGGAUUUUCUGAAAUCCAGAGGUUGCAAGGCGAGAUAAGUGAAGUAUCCUCUAUGGACUACAUUGCUUUCCAGGAGGAAGAUAUCGAGAGAUUGUCUAAGGAGUUGAAGCUGAAGCAGGCCUCCCUCCAGAAAAUGAAAGCUGUUAUUUCCCAGAAGAAUGAGUUGUUGCUGAAAGACUUCCCUUGA